UCUCACAUUCAGGCUGUGACUCAGCCCAACUCUGACCUCACCUCUGCUCUGUGGGAUGGAGGUGACGCUGUGACCCCCGCCCAGGACCAGCAGCCCCCUCCCACCCGCAGCAUCCCCCAGGACCACCAACCCCGGAGCGACCCCACAAAGUGCUUCGGGACCUCAAAUUGCCCCAAAUCGCCGUUUUUUGCCCCGAUGCCGAGGGCCCCCCAGCUCCUUGGGAACCAUUUCCCAGUGUCGGACUACAGCUCCCAGCGCGCUGUGCGUGCGGCGGGGACGGGCGGUGGGAACGCGAGCGGGAGCGGAGCGCAGCGGGGAUCUACUGCGCUGCUGUGCACGGCAGGAAAAGAAAACAAGCGCGGCCACCCCGCUCGACGUGGAAAGUUACCGGGGCCCUGGGGAGGGAGCGCCUGUUUUCAUCCGCCUCCCGGAUUUCUCCAUUUACCUCCACGGGACGAUAAUCCCUAAAUCCCAACGAGAUUAAAGGCAGCGAGAAAGAAGGUCCGGAAGCCCUCCCGCAGCCAUGGCACUGGUGAAGAGCGGAUGGCUCUGGCGGCAGAGCUCCAUCCUGCGUCGCUGGAAGAGGAACUGGUUCGUCCUCUACCUGGAUGGCAGCUUGGUGUACUACCACGACGAGACGCAGCGCGACAUGGACGGGCGCAUCCACGUCAAGUACAGCUGCCGCGACGUGCGGACCGGGCGCGAGUGCCGCGACGUGCAGCCACCCGAGGGGAAGAGCCGCGAGUGCCUGCUGACCGUUGUGCUGCGGGACGGCUCCAAGACGACGCUGUGCGCCGAGAGCGAGGACGACGCCAUUGCGUGGAAGAUGGCCAUGCUGGAGGCAAAAUCCACCCCGGUACACGUCUACGACCCCUACGAUGAUGACUACUACCAGACGGUGCCCAUCGACUCCCACCAGACCGCCUACAUCAGCUCCGGCCACUACGGCCACCAGUACGGAGCCCCCGGGGUGACCCAUGUCAUCGUGCGCGAGGAUCCCUACCGCGUCUCUGGGGACCAGAUGGCAUUGGGGCUGCUGGCGGGGGCCGCCACUGGCGCAGCCCUGGGCUCCUUCAUGUGGAUGCCGUGCUGGUUUUAGUGGUCCCUUUGGCUCCCCAGCCCGAGGUAACACGCCCCUGGCUUGGCACCCCCCAAAAAUCGUCCUUUUGGGAUAAAGGGGAGCAACCCCAGCCCACCCACCCAUGGCUUUUGCAUCCGAUAACCUACACGCACCCAAAAACCUAAGCCAAGACCCCAGGCGCCCCAGGGAAGCUGCUGGGGAUGGGAGGAUGUGGCCCUGCAGCCCGGCACCAUCCGCCACCCCAGAUCUCCAGCUGCAGAAAUACCUUAAGUUUUUUGGGAUGUAUUUGGAGGGGUGCUGGUCCCAGCAGCUAUUCUGGGGAGGCAGCCAGGUUCUCCUUACAAAACUGCUCUUUUGAAGGGUCUUUUGGGGGGAGGCUCCAGCACCGUAGUGUUGGUUUCUUCCCCAGAACUGCAGUCCUGGGACAGGGAAAAACCAAUCUGCAAAUGCCAACAGGUGUCAGGGUAGGUAACAAGCAUGGGGCUGGUGUGAGGGGAGAGUGAAUGGAGAAGGAUUUGAGUGCAAGGGGGGGGAUGAGAACCCUUAUCCCAUACCCAGAGAGCCCCAUACACACGAGCAGCUCCAUGCCCUUGUCUGGCUUUCAGCCUUGCUCCAGUCCCCAAGGCUGAGCAAGCUCAGGAAAUGGGGACAAAUCCUUGGGAACUGGGGUCAAGGACCCAGGAACUGGGAUGGGAACACCAGGAACUGGAACUCCAGGAACUGGGAUGGGAAUGCAGGGAUUGAACUAGGAGCAGAGAAAUUGAGAUGGGAACCCCAGGAAGUGAGGUGGGAACCCAGGAAUUGGGAAGGGAACACCAGGAACUGGGAUAGGAACACCAGGAACUGGAAUGGGAACAUCAGGAAGUGAGGUAGGAAUGCCAGGAAGUGAGAUGGGAAUCCAGGAACUGGGAUGGGAAUGCGGGAACUGAAUUAGGAACACAGAAAUUAAGAUGGAAACCCCAGGAAGUGAAAUGGAAACCCAGGUACUGGGAUGGGAACCCAGGAGCCAGGAUGGGAAUCCAGGAACCAGGAUGGGAACACAGAAAUUGAGAUGGGAACCCCAGGAAGUGAGAUGGGAACCUAGGAAUUGGGGUAGGAAACCAGGAAUUCGGAUAAGAAUCCUGGAAUUGGGAUGGAAACCCAAGAAUUGGGCUGAGAAGAGCCUUGGCCACAAUGGGGCUUCCCCAGCCAGCACCAAGCAGCAGCAGCUCCAGGAGGGACACACAGCAUGAGGUUUUGGGGAAUGGGAACAGCUCCCUGGGCACUGAGCCCCUUCCUGGCCGCCGCUGGGCUUUGAUCUGGGGUCAACACAUGGGGACGGUCACUUGGGGUGGCCCCAACCCAGGGCAGUGCACAGCGGGGCCACGUUCAUGCAUUGGGCGGCACCAGGAGCAUCACUGCAAGAACUCUUGAUAUGAAAUAAGCAGCUCACGAAUUUCAAAAAAAAAAAAAAAGACUGCAAACCACAAGUAGGAAACCAACAGCAGCACCAGCAACCAGCCCAUUCUUCGGGCAAAGCUUCAUGGAUGUCCCCAGGUGUCACUGUCAUCCUCCCCCUGGCCUUCCUCGCAUCGCCACUGCUGCAAACCCAAUCCUGCGAACGCCAUCGAUUUUUGGAGAAAAUUAUUAAAAAAAAAAAGGCUCUCUAAUAAAGGUGGCCCCAAUGA